AUGGCCGCUAAAAGGAGCACUUAUCACUCUCAGAUCAAGUGUUUCCACUGUGGAGAAAACCAUCCGAUUAGUAAGUGCGUUAAGUAUAAACGGGACUAUCCGGAUGCUAAUACUUUUAGAUCGAAUGAAAAAAUAGGCGGUCUACAAAGCUUUUAUGCAUCAAUGUAUGCAUCAACAUCACUCCCCAAGGGAGAAUUGGUAGUUGAUAGCGGAAGCUCCAUUCAUGUAUGCAAUGACGCGAGUAUGUUUAGUGAGCUUAAGAUGGGCAAGCAUGAGGAAUUGACAGGUAUUGUUGGAAAUGCUACCAUUGAAGGAUUUGGAAAAGUUAAGGUCAAGAAUUUCCUCUUACACAAUGUGGCUUAUGUUCCUGGUGUUGAUUUCAAGUUGAUAUCCAUUUCAGCGGCAACGGCGACGUCAAAGGGUCGUUUCAUAUUUGGAAAAAUUCCUCUACAGAUGAUAACCCAAGAUGGCGUUAGGUCGACGAUGGCUAAGCAAAGAAAUGGGCUUUAUACUUUAAAAUCACACCGCGGAAACUCGCAGAAGAGAGCAUAUCGAUCCUUUGAUCCCUGCACAGGCAAGGGAAAUUCGCGGAAGAGAGUAUAUCGAACCUUUGGUGCCUGUACAGGCAAGGUAUACUCCAGUAACCAAGUGAAAUUUGAAGAAUUGAACUUUCCCUUGAAGAACUAUUCUUACAUCCAUGAUGUACAAUCAUAUGCUAUUUCAACGUUACGGGGAGUAUCUGCCUCGCAGGAAAUAUUCCAACUGGUACCAGAUGUUAACACUUCUAUGGGAGAAGACAAGUCAGGGGGACUUUCUGAAUAUUUCGUCAUGGGGAGAAUGAGAAAUUGA